AUGAAGCGUUACAAUCGGCGCCAAGUGUCUCCAUUUGCCGCUGGAAGAAAGACAACAACAAUAAUAAUAAUAGUUACAAAAGUUCAUACAUUAGAUGGCAAAAAGGGAGCAGAAAUAGAUGCUAUUGCAGAAGGGAAAGAAAACAGACUUUUCAUUAGGAAAACAGGAGAACUUUUAUUCAGUAUCUUUUUCUUUCUUUCUUUCUUUUUCACUCAUUCAUUCAUUUUUCUUUCUUUCUUUCUUUCAUCUAUUCUUUCUCUCUUUCUUUUUCCUUUCAUUAUUUUUUCUUCUAUUUAUACAUUCUAUAUUUCAUUCAUUCUCUCUUUCAUUCAUUCAUUCAUUCUCUCUUUCUUUCAUUCUUUUUCCUUUCAUUCAUUUGUCUUUCAUUCAUUCAUUCUUUCUUUGUUUCAUUCAUUCUUUUUCUUUCAUUCAUUUUUCAUUCAUUCAUUCCUUCAUUCAUUCAUUCUUUCUUUCUUUUCUUUCAUUGAUUUUUUCUUUCAUUCUUUCUUUCAUUCAAUCAGUCAUUCAUUGUUCCUUUCUAUCAUUCAUUCUUUUUUCUUUCAUUUUUUCUUUCAUUUAUUUUUCUUUCAUUCUUUCUUUCUCUCUUCAUUCUUUCAUUCAUUCAUUCAUUCAUUCUUUCAUUCAUUCAUUCUUUCUUUCAUUGGAUUUUUCUUUUAUUCAUUCAUUCUUUCCGUCAUUCAUUCAUUCGUUCAUUCACUCAUUCUUUCCUUCUAUCUUUCUAUUUUUUCCUGUUGCUUCCCUGACUGCGAUGAAAUGGCGAAAAAACAGGCAAAACGAAAGCUUUAUCAGCAAGUGGAAACGCAUCCUUCCUAUCUUUGCUCCCCACCUCUCUUUCUCCCUUAUUCUCUCUCUCUCUCUCUCUCUCUCUCUCUUUCUUUCACUAUCUUUCUUUUCUUGUUUUGCUCGUCAUUUUUCUUCCUCUCACACAUUUUCUUUUCGAUCGUGCUUUUAAUUACCUUUAUUGUGGAAUAUGCUUGUCGAAUCUAUCUAUCUAUCUAUCUAUUUAUCUAUCUAUCUAUCUACUUAUCUAUCUAUGAAAAUUUCUCGGACAUUCAGGCCGUCGAUUCACAUCUAUCUAUCUAUCGAUUCGAUCUAUCUAUCUAUCUAUCUCAGUCGAUUCAUAUCUAUCUCAGUCGAUUCAUCAUCUAUCGAUUCAUCUAUCUAUCUAUCUAUCUAUCUAUCUAUCAGUAUUCAUAUCUAUCUCAGUCGAUUCACAUCUAUCUAUCGAUUCAUAUCUAUCUAUCUAUCUAUCUCAGUCGAUUCAUAUCUAUCUCAGUCGAUUCAUAUCUAUCUAUGUAUCUACCUAUCUAUGUAUGUAUGUAUGUAUCUAUCUAUCUAUCUACUUCAGCCGAUUCAUAUCUAUCUAUCUAUCUAUCUCAGUCGAUUCAUAUCUAUCUAUCUAUCUAUCUAUCUAUCUAUCUAUCUAUCUCAGUCGAUUCAUAUCUAUCUCAGUCGGUUCAUAUCUAUCUAUCUAUCUAUCUAUCUAUCUAUCUCAGUCGAUUUACAUCUAUCUAUCUAUCUAUCUAUCUAUCUGCUUGUACUAAUUUGUGUAUAUCUGUCUAUCUUCAUCUAUUCCCCCUUUGUUUCUUACGCACCCUCUCACUUUCUCUUGGUAUAUUUAGUGUGAAAAAUAUUCAUUAG